AUAAAGAGGGACAGAUCUGUGUGAACCACAGGACAGUACCACAUCGCGGUAAUGUUUAACUGCAGCUCGGGAGCUCGCGUGAGCAGCCGUGCAUCCCCGCGCCACCGAGAGACGCACCGGUGAUCAAACCACAUCAGUUUGACCGGACACGAGUCCUGUUGGACAUCUCUAACUCCAUCUUUAUCUACAUUGGGAUCAUUUUCCAUCAGCUAUGACCGUGUCAUCUCUCCACAGGCUUUUCUUCAGAAGAUCUCGCCAUGUUAUCUCAGAAUUGGGCUCUUCGGGUAGUUUAUGAUCCGCGAAUCUGGAUAUUCAAGAAGUUCUGUCAUCGUCUGAUUCGCUGUCGACGUUUUUUGGACUCUGCUGCUCUGGUUUUGUCAUUAUAAUGUUCGGCUAACUGUCAAUCGUUAAAUUUUGUGGCAUUAAAUCCCUUGUGACGCCCAUGUCUCCUUCCCUCAGGAUCAUAACGCAAACUAUUUCUACAGGCUGUGGAUAAUAUUAUUAUUUUAUUAUUAUCAUCAUCAUCACACCAUCAUUUUUCUUUUCUUUUUUUCUGCGUCUGGAGUGAAUUUAGGAUGCUGUGUCUGUCUCCUCCAGUAACCCACAACCUCUUAUUCUGGUUUUUAAUUUUACAAGCAACGCAAUUAACUGCACCUUUAAUCACAGGCACAGAGGCGAGCUGUGAGGACGAGGGAGAGGUGUUACACAUCCCCAACAUCACAGACAAUCCCUGCAUCUCCUGUGUCUGUCUGGACAAGAAAGCAGACUGUAAGCAGGAGAAGUGUGCGCUGGUGUCAGAGGAUUGUGCACUGGUUGUCAAACAGACAGGAGCCUGCUGUGAAAGAUGCAAAGGUUGUCAUCUGAAAGGGAAGUUGUACAACAGCUCCCAUCAGUGGAUCAGCCCUGUCAAACCUUGUGUCACAUACAGCUGUCAGGAAGGUGUCGUCACUGAAGCAGAAAUGAGGUGCGUCAUUCACUGUAAGAACCCCAAAAUCCACCCGAAGAAAUGCUGCCCAUCCUGCCCUGGAUGUGUUUUUGAGGGGCGUCUAUAUAAAGAACAGGAGGAGUUUCACCCUGAAGGGAAUCCUUGUAUCAAAUGCAUCUGCACUGGAGGUCACAGUAUGUGUCGUAAAGUGGUGUGUCCAGUUCUCUCCUGUCCAUCUCAUCUCACUCACACCCUCUCUGGUCAGUGCUGCCCGAGAUGUCAUGGCCAGAGGAAGGUGUUUGACCUGUCAUUUGGCAGCUGUCUGUUCCACAGUGAGGUGUAUGAGAAUGGCACAUCCUUCAGCUAUGACAACUGCACCAGCUGCAUGUGUGUGGACUCCACGGUGGUGUGCAGGAGUAGGUGUUCGCCACCCAGCAGCUGUCACGGCCUUGUGUGCUGUGAAGAGUGCCAGUCUGUUCUCAAGAUGGAGGAUGUGAAGUACUGCAGGGUAAAGAGCAAGAUCUACAGGGAUGGUGACAGAUGGUCAUCAGUUAACUGCACUCUGUGCACUUGUGUGAAGGGAAAUAUUGAAUGUCAGCCCAAGAAUUGUGUUCCCAUCACCAGUUGCCCCUCGAAUAAGAUCCUGAAUCGCACUGGCUGCUGUCCUGUGUGCACUGACAAGCCAGGAGUGUGUACGGUAUUUGGAGACCCUCACUAUAACACUUUUGACGGCCGCACAUUUAACUUCCAGGGCACGUGUAAAUAUGUGCUCACUAAGGACUGCUCGCCUGCCGCCAGCUUCACUGUACUGGUGAGGAACAACGCACGGCGCACACGCUCCUUCUCCUGGACCAAAUCAGUGGAACUGCACACAUCAGGCCUGAGCAUCAGUCUCCAUCAACACCUGACUGUCCGUCAGAACGGCACACGCAUCGCUCUGCCCUUCCACAGCACUGGAGUUCACAUCGACCUGGAUGGAUAUCUGCUUAAACUCACCACCAUCGCAGGGCUGGAGAUCACUUGGGACGGGGACAGUCUGGUGGAGGUGGUUGCAGCGCCACAUCUGAUGGAGCAUCUCUGUGGUCUGUGUGGAAACUAUAACGGUCACCGGCGAGAUGACACUCUAGGAGGAGAUGGACACUUCAAGUUUGACGUGGAUGAAUUUGCAGAGUCGUGGCGCGUGGAGGACAACGAAGUGUGUGAGGUGACAAACCGCAGGCCAAGACCAUUCCUGUGCGCAGGCACAGUGAAGGUGAAGCUCCGUGCACACCGAGCAUGCCAAAAACUCAAGUCCUGGGAGUUUCAGGAGUGCCAUUCUGCUGUAGACUUCACCUCUUUCUACAGGUCAUGUGUAACAGACAUGUGCGAGUGUCCAGUGCAUAAAAACUGUUACUGUGAGUCGUUCAUAGCGUACAGUCGCGCGUGUGAGAGGGAGGGUGUACAUCUGCACUGGAGACCAGAGCUCACCUGCAUGACUACACAGUGCAAACAUGGUGCAGUCUACGCCACGUGUGGUCCUGGCUGCACUAAAACCUGCAGUAACUGGAACGAGGUCGGCCCCUGCCACAGGCCUUGCGUCGCUGGAUGCCACUGUCAAGCCGGCCUGGUCAUGUUUCAGGGCCACUGCAUUAAACCCAGAUCCUGCCCCGGCCGAUGACCCAUGUGACAUCUGAAGAGGGCUGCGAGCGGUCCAGAAGAGAACCGGCUGUUCUGCUCAGGCACACGUGGAGGCAACAUUACUCUGAGAAAAAGAGCGCAGAGAGACACAAACUGUGCAUCUGCCCUGCGCACUCCUGAGCUGUCUUUAAUGGAUGUCUUGCCUCUAGGAUUUGUCAUGCGUGGUGAAAACUGAAUCCUUAGUGCCUUACCGACUUCUAGAAUUAACUCAGUUUGUUGCCACAAAUUCAAGCUAAACGGACCUGUGAGUUAAAUGUGGUAAAGGUGUAUUUAAACAUUUAAUAGUAUUAUCCAUUUAUUGGGUCAACCUGGUAUUUAAUACACAAUUUCCUGACUGAAAGGGAAAGUAUUUAAGUGUUUGUUGUUUAUUUUAAGUGGAGGGGAAGUGUACUGUAUUUGUCCAGCUCAGUGUAGUGAUGUGUGUUUGUGUUACAACUGUUUUACUUGACCUAAGAUAUUAUAUAUGAACAGUAUAAAGCUAAUAUCCUAUCAAAGAAAAAUGUAUUUCCUUAAAGUAUUUGUCUUCAGGGACUCCAUACCAGAGUCUGAAGUUUGUUCAGGAUCAGAAAUCUUGUGUGCUGACUGAUUCAGGACUGGGUUGGCAGUAUGAUUUUGCUCCUAUGGUGGCAAAGGAGCCCAGAAACAACUAAAGACUUUUUUGUUUUUUACUAACCUCAUAAUGUUUAUAAUAUGGCAAGAAUUGGCUGGUUGCAUGUUCAAUAACAGGGGGAUAAUGUAAUUAAGUGCCUGUAAAUUGAUUAAAAAAAUUUAAUAAAAAUUGCA